AUGGUCGCCGAGCUCAAGAAGUUGGCCGCUUCGGCUGCCGGCAAGCACGCCGCAUACAAGAAAUACACCGUGCAACCCACCGGCAUCUGGAAACGCAUCGGAGAUUUCUUUGCUGUCGACCCCAAGCGCUCCUCCGGUAUUCCUCUCAACCCUCAGUACCGCCUGCCCUCUCCUGGUGCCGUGGAUCCCAAGCUCUACGACGACCCGACCACAGUCCCUGCCGCCGAUCUUGCCGAGAACCCUUACUGGAAGCGCGACGUCCGCAGAUCAUACCCCAAGCUCAGCGUCGUCAAGCAGCCCGAUGUUGUCGCUCUCCUGACCGUCGGAAGUGCACAAAAUCCCAAGGAACAUGUUUUGCAGAUUGGCGAUGCCGGUGCCAAGCAGUUGGUCUCAGUCAAGGAGGAGGGUCAGAAGGGUCUUUCGGCUUUCUUCCAGAAGGAGAACAAGGCUGGUGUCAGCGUACUGGGCCCCAAUGGACUGCCUCCUUUCCCUACCUCAAGAUACCCCUCGUCUACUCCCAAGCGCUACGAAAUGCUCAAGGAGCAAGCUUACAGCGCAAACUACCCUUGCAGGGUGUUCGAGUAGAUUCAACGAACAUGUACAUUUCCUUUUCCUUAGACGUUCCAAAUUCGACAUGGCUUGACCUAUAGCUUUUCCUGAUUGAUUGGUUGACAUAUGAUGAGGAACGUCAAAUUCUGGUCGUGAUGUAGUACUAUGCGUGGCGAUGUGUGCGGUAAAAUGCACUUUCCAACUUUUGGUCGAAUCCGCCUCGAAAAAGGCAGGGACGACUGCCUCAAACGCCAUUCGCGUGAAUCUUACUCCUCUCAUGAAAGUCUCGCCGAACUAAGCUCAUCAAGACCAUUGUAAGAAUAUCAUGGCGGCCAAAUCUGAU